UGAAAUAUAGUAAAAAAACAUCAUACCAUAAAAAUAAAAACAAAAGCAAAACUGGACUCACGGACACGCCUAUUGUUAUAUAUUGUUAUCUUUAUCCAUUUAUAUUAAUAUAGUCAAAAACUUCAUAACAUAAAGAUAAAAAAAAAGCAAAAUUGGACUCACCGACACGCCCACGCGAUGUACAAAAAGACGAAAUCCAACAAACCGCCGCCACCCACAUGGUCCUUCGGCGUUCCCUCCUCCCACAGGGCAAACCACGCCCACCAGGACUUCAAGUUGGACCACAAGGACCACUAUUCUGCAGAAGUCAAAGCCCAAAACGCCCAUAGGAAAGCUCGGGAGGUCUACCACACGAGACUCCAUGCCGUUCACGCCCACAGUGAAAGUCCGCCCAUCUCGAAUCCGCGGGUGGCAGGGCUGUGCAGGGAACUGGGUAUCCUGGAGCCACAGGUAGGCGUGUUCGGAGGGCCGUGGGAAAGCUUUUCGCUCGCAGGCGUGAGUAACAGCUCGAGUUCUGAGGAAAUGUAGGUGUGUGAGCGAGUGGGGGGAUGUAGUCUAUGAAUUUAUGUAUGCAUAUAUAUGCACACACAC